AUGUUGGCGGACAGGUCGCUCCCGGCCUCUGACGAGGUCGAGGAAGGGGACUAUCUCCUCAGGGCCCCCGCAAACCCGGUGUAUCGCGGCCUGAAGCUCAAGCUCUUCAUAAACCUGGUUGUAGAAGGCCCCCUGUUUCGGCUGUUUAGGGGCAACAUUGCGAAACGGCUUGGAGUUCCACAGGUGCUGUCCAAAGUCGACAUACCCGAGGCACCCAUGUUUGUGCCAGAGCAUUGGCCCCUUCCUGUUGAUGUCGCUGGGACAGUGUCGGUUCCAGCAUCUGCAUCCCCCAAAGAAAGGCUGGAGGCAGCAAUCGAAGUCAUCCCAAACUUUUUAGAGUCUUCAGCUGCUGGCAGGUCUCCGCAUAGACCUGGUCUGAGGGAAUACCACAGGGCAUACACAAAAGGAACGUGCACACCGUGGGAUGUGGCAAGCCGAAUCGUCAAGUUUCUGAAAUCCAAGCCCACGUAUAUUUUCAUCUCAUGGUCUGGAGAUGAUAUCUUGAGACAAGCCCAGGAGUCGACACAGCGAUACAAGGAGGGAAGACAAUUGUCAGUCCUGGAUGGUGUGCCAUUCACCAUCAAGGAUUCGAUCGAUGCCAUGCCUUAUGAAACAACCGGCGGAACGCAGCACUUGCAUUCAUGGUAUUCACUAGGGUCCAGGGCAGCAACUGAUUGGCAACAUCUCUGCCUGGUUGGUUUUUGA